GGAAAUUUUCCCAGGAAUCGAUGCGGGACGCAUGAACAUGAACAGAUUGCGCCAGCAAUAAAUUAUUCGAAGCCGAUCAAUCAUUACCCGUGUUCACUUGGCGAAUCUUAGAUCGCCGCUUGAAUCACUAUGGCGAUUCAGAAGAAACACGGUAAAGGUCGUCUCGACAAGUGGUAUAAGUUAGCCAAGGAGAAGGGAUACCGAGCUCGAGCUGCCUUCAAGUUGAUCCAACUGAAUAAGAAAUAUGGCUUCCUCGAGAAGAGUAAGGUCCUUCUGGAUCUUUGCGCCGCUCCUGGUUCAUGGUGUCAGGUAGCCGCAGAGGCUAUGCCUGCGAACAGUCUUAUUAUUGGAGUCGAUCUCUCCCCGAUCAAACCUAUUCCUAAGGUCAUAACCUUCCAGAGCGAUAUUACUACCGAAAAGUGCCGUGCGACGAUCCGACAACAUUUAAAGACGUGGAAAGCUGAUACCGUACUUCACGAUGGUGCUCCCAACGUUGGUACCGCUUGGGUUCAGGACUCCUUCAACCAGGCAGAACUCGCUCUUCAAUCGAUGAAGUUGGCAACGGAGUUUCUAGUCGAGGGCGGUACAUUCGUCACAAAGGUUUUCAGAUCGAAGGAGUACAACAAGCUCCUCUGGGUCUUCAACCAGCUGUUUACAAAAGUCGAAUCGACGAAACCCCCGUCUUCGAGAAACGUGUCCGCUGAAAUUUUCGUUGUAUGUCGUGGAUAUAAGGCUCCGAAGCAUCUCGACCCGAAGUUCCUUGAUCCGCGGGCAGUAUUUGCCGAACUGGUGGAACAGGCUCCGAAUAACGAGGCGAAGGUCUUCAAACCCGAGAUUAAGAAGCGAAAGAGAGGAGGUUACGAAGAGGGCGACUAUACCCAGUUCAAGGAAAUUCCAGCAAGCCAAUUUAUUGAGACUGUUGAUCCUAUAGCCAUACUUGGUAGCUAUAACAAGCUCUCCUUUGAGCAGCCUAAGAACGGCGAUGUGGCGCUUGCUGCGCUGGACAAGAUGCCAGAAACCACAGAAGAAAUCAGGAUUUGUUGCGCGGACUUGAAAGUUUUGGGCCGGAGAGAAUUCAAGAUUCUACUUAAGUGGAGGUUGAAGGCCCGUGAAGCUUUUGGUUUACCGACAAAAAAGACCACACAACCCGCUGAACCCGAGGAAGAAGUUGCUGAAGUCGAAUCUAUGGACGAGGAACUCAAGAUUCAGGAGGAGCUGCAAGCAUUGAAAGACAAGGAAAGUGCUAAGAAGAAGCGUGAGCGACGGAAAGAGAAUGAGAAGAAGCAAAAAGAGAUCGUACGAAUGCAAUUGCACAUGGUUGCACCCAUGGAUAUCGGUAUGGAACAAGAUGGUCCUGCUGGUCCCGAUUCCAUGUUUGCUCUAAAGGCCAUCGAUAAGCACGGAGCUGUUAAUAAGAUCGCAAAGGGAAAGAUGGCCAUCCUCAAAGAAUCAGACGCUAGGAAAGACAGAGAUAGCGGUAUUGGAUCUUCAGGCGAAACAGACGACGAAGAAGACGAGGAGGAAGACCGUCUAGAACGCGAGCUUGAUAGCAUGUAUGAUCAGUACAGGGAACGGAAAGCAGAGUCAGACGCGAAAUACCGAGCGAAGAAAGCGCGGCAAGAGCAUGACGAUGACGAGUGGGAAGGAGUAUCAGCCGACGAACACCAGUCCAGCGACGAUGACAAGUUGGACGAGGAUAGCAGCGAUGACUCUGACGAUGAUGAAGACUCGGGUCCCUCAAAGCCGCUCCUUACUGAUUUAGAUAACCAGCCUGCGGGGUCUGGGGGCCUUUCAAAGCGAGCUUCUAACUUUUUCAGUCAGGAUAUCUUCAAAGAUAUACCAGGCAUUCUUGAUGAGCCUAACGAUAAGAUGGAUGUUGAUGAGGAUGAGUCUCCUAAACCCACUAUAACAAAGGAGAAACAAAAGCCCAAGAAGGAAAAGUCAAAGAAGGCUAAAGCCGAGGCACCUUCUGAAUCAGACGAUGAGGAUGGAUUCAAAGUCGUUAAGAAGCAUCAGAAUAUAGAGGAACGUUGGGAAGACGAAGAUAAACGCCGACCUGACGGAACGCUUGACAUCGAUAUCAUUACCGCGGAAGCGAUGACGCUCGCGCACCAGCUCGCGACGGGCCAAAAGACCAGCUACGACGUGAUCGACGACGGGUUUAACAAGCACGCGUUCCGGGACCGCGACGGCCUGCCGGAGUGGUUCGUCGACGACGAGAGCCAGCACGACAGGCCGCAGAAGCCCAUCACGAAGGCGGCGGCGGCGGCGAUCAAGGAGAAGCUGCGGGCGCUCAACGCGCGGCCCAUCAAGAAGGUGCGCGAGGCCAAGGCGCGCAAGAAGUUCAAGGCGGCGCAGCGCCUCGAGAAGCUCAAGAAGAAGUCGGACCUGCUGGCCAGCGAGGAGGGCAUGACGGAGAAGGAGAAGGCCGACAGCAUCACCAAGUUGCUGGCCAAGGCCGCCAAGAAGAAGCCCAGCAGGCAGCCCGCCAAGCUGGUCGUGGCCAGGGGCCUGAAUAGGGGUAUCAAGGGCCGGCCGAAGGGCGUGAAGGGCAGGUAUAAGAUUGUGGACGCUAGGAUGAAGAAGGAGCUUAGGGCGCAGAAGAGGAUUGCUAAGCGCAAGUAGCAUAUAUCAAAUAUUACCUAGGUGUCUUAUAUAAUGUAGGAGAUGUUGCAGGGCUCGUAAACCGUAUAUAUUCAAAGAAUCUUUUCAGUGGACUCGUUGUUUUUGCAUUAUAUUCCGG